AUGGGAAGCAACUUGGUUCCACUCGUUGUUGGAUCUGUGACUCUCUGGCUGGUCUACCACUUCAUCCUCUACCCGGUCUUCAUCUCACCCCUGGCCAAGAUACCAGCACCUCACUGGUCAUGUCACGUCUCACCCCUCUGGAUUCUUCUCGCGAGGAAGAACAACUUUCAAAACCGCUCUCUUCACCGGGCACAUCUCGAACUUGGACCCGUGGUACGGAUAGGUCCCAACGAAAUCAGUGUCGAUGGCUACGACGCCCUCAGAACGGUCUACCAAGGCGGCUUCGAGAAAGACCAGUGUGUCCCCUGCAUGUUCUCAACUCUCGGUUCCAAAACCCACUCCCUCCGCAAACGAAUGGUCUCAAACGCCUACUCAAAGUCCUUCAUCCACGCAUCCCCAGCCGCAAAAGCUCAAGCCCGGUCGCUCCUUUUCGAGCGUCUCCUGCCUCUCCUCUCCGACUCUGCGACUGGACCAGAGCCCCACGGCAUAGAAGUGUUCUCCACCUUCCUUGCCUCAACGAUGGACUUCAUCACAGCUUACGUCUUCGGCCUUCGCAACAGCACGGAUUUUCUGAGAGACAAGCGCUACCGAGACCAUUGGCUGCAGUUAUAUCUCGUUCGUGCAAGCUACGGGUUUUGGCCGCAGGAGAUGCCGCGUCUGACAGCUUUUCUCGGGCGGUUUGGGUCCAUUGUGAAGCCGUAUCCUGCCUGGGUGGACGAUGCGAAUGCUGAGCUGGGUGAGUGGAACAUGAAACUGUGUGAGGAGACGAAAGAUUUUCUACACAAUGGGAAAAGCGCGGGCAUGGAAGGAACUGCAGAUGAACCAGUCGUGUUCAGGGCCAUGGAGGCCGGGAUCGAAAAGGAGCGCAGUGCCAACGGACAGCAGUCUUUGCUCUACUCCACCACCAUUCUGCAAAAGGACUUAUCUGUGGCAUCUGAAGUUUUUGAUCAGGUUCUGGCGGGGCAAGAGACGGCCGGCAUAGCGCUGACGUAUCUGGCCUGGCACUUGUGCAGGUCUCCGGACUUGCAGGAAGAGCUCAGAAAGGAACUGCUCACACUAGAUCCUCCCUUGACGAUGCCAGCAGAUGGGUCCCUCCCACCAGCCCUGCCAGACCCCAAGCAGGUUGAUGCGCUGCCCAUCCUCCAUGCAGUAGUCAUGGAAACCCUCCGUCUGCACGCCCCGAUCCCCGGACCGGAGCCGCGACGCACGCCUCAACCGUCUUGCCAGCUCGGGGGCUUCCACGUCCCGGGCGGCGUCCGCGUCGCUGCUCUGGGCCACACGCUGCACCGCAACGAGAAGGUCUUUCCCAUGCCGGAGGUUUGGGACUACACGCGUUGGCUUGAGUCAGAGACCAGCGAGGACCAGCGCAGAGAGAUGAACCGAUACUUUUGGGCUUUCGGCAGUGGUGGGAGGAUGUGUAUCGGGUCUAAUUUCGCGAUGAACGAGAUGAAGCUCAUUGCAGCAGCUAUUUGGUCAAAUUUCACGACGCAUAUUGUUAAUGACACGGAUAUCGAACAGGACGACACUUAUACCGCGCGACCCAUAGCUGAACGGUUGAUACUGAGAUUCGAGCGCGUAUAA